GGUGCAUUGCAGCGGUAAACGGAACCACAUCCUGAGUUCAGAGUUCAGCGUCCUUCCAUGUGCGGCCAUUGUUAAUAUGAAAAUACCUUUGUCGUUACUUUUGCGUGUUUAUUUAUCUUCGUGUGUCGAACAUGUCAGUGAACGCAACAACGCACGAGCUGACCCUGCUGAUCUACCGCUAUUUGAAGGAGCAUGGUUUCCACUCAGCUGCAGAUGAGCUACAGAGGCACAGCCCACAGGAAGAGACAACAAUAUCUGCAUCAUUAUUGGACAUCUACACUUCAUGGUUAAAUGACUCAAAAAAGAAAAGGCAGCCGGGCUCAGCUAAGGCCACACCAAAGAAAAGGAAGGACAAACCUGCAAACAAAGCAGAGACACAAAAAAAGAAGAAUGUGCAAGCGAAAAGUAAAAGUGAAGGUAGAUCGAUAAAUGUCAUCAAGGCGAAGAAAUCAAAGACCCAAACAAAAGACAUAGUUGUGAAUGCUGGAGAAUCUGACUCUGACAGCAGUCUGGAUGAAGAUAAAUGGAGGAAACUGCUCCUACAGAUGACAGAGUCUGACAUGGCCAAGAUGGACACCAUCAACGCACUGGACUCUACACCUCCACCCAUAAAAAAGAGAGUGAGGAAACCCCGGGCCAAGCCUCCCGCAAAAACCAAAACUCCCAUUGAACAGAACACAGUUGGACAGAAUAAAAAGGUGGAGGAGAAAGCCAUGACAGAAACAUCAACAAAGAAUAGUAAACCCAAGAGGAGCAGGCCAAAAAAGACUGCACCUGUGACCUCCCCUGCCACCACGAGCCAAGAACAAAACAUCAAGGCUGUAGAAGACAGACCAGCGACAUCCACUCUCUCCCCGUCAAAACCGAAACCUAAGAAGGAGAAAGGGAAAGAUGUAAAUCCCAGAGAAGAAAAAACUGACGAGACAAUGUCUGAGCCCAAGAAGAAGAAGAAGAAAAAGAUGGCUGAAGACGAGGUGGGAGAGAAUACAAAUGUGGCUGGUGGAGAUCGAAAAGACGGUAAAGAAGAGAAAAAAGAUAACGUCACAGAGCAAGAAUUUGCUGAUAAACCUGCAAAGGAAAAGAAAAAGCCAAAAGAAACAAAGGGAGAUAUCAAAAUGAGCCAGCCUGAAGAAGAAAUCAUACAGAAGGAUAGUGAGUAUUUUGAUAAUGCAGGACUUUCAGAACUAAGAAAGAAAUCAAAGAAGAACAAUGAGAAAACUGAUAGUGGUGAAAAUUCAGAGCAGGUAGCUGAACACGUAAAAGAAAAUAAAGAGCAGCUAGUUGAAGAAAUUAAAAAGACAGCUGGUAGUGAGGAAAAAUCAGAGCAAAAAGUAAAAGAAGACGGAGAAUAUUCAGAGCAGAUACCUGAAGGAAAGAAGGCAAAGAAGAAGAGAAAGGAGAUUGCUAAUGGUGAGGAAAAUUCAGAGCACAGUGUUCACGAAAAAAAAGCAAAGAAGAAGAAAAGGGAGAAUCACAAUGAAGAAAAUUCAGAGCAGAUACCUAAAGCAAAGAAGAAGAAAAGGGAGAAUCACAAUGAAGAAAAUUCAGAGCAGAUACCUAAAGCAAAGAAGAAGAAAAGGGAGAAUCCUGAUGAAGAAAAUGCAGAGCAGAUAUUUAAAGAAAAGAAAAAGAAAAGAAAGCUCGAAGCUGAUCUUGACGAGGAGAUGACGGAGCCGGUAGUUGAAGAAAAUACAACCAUGACAAGGAAAUCACAGAGCACUGACACAGAGGAAACGCCAGAGCAGAUUACUGAAGUGAAGAAGAAAAAGAAGGACUCAUCGUUGAAAAAUAAUGACACAGAGCCACUUCUACCCAACCCCGAGACACCAAGUCCUCCAACAGAGAAGAAGAAAAAGAAAAUCAAGUUGAAAUCAGCUGAGGUCCCAGAAACACCUGCAGAUUCUGUCCAAGACGGCGAACCAACACAAACACCCUCAAGUGACACCACCCUCAAAAAGAAAAAGAAAUCCUCCAAGAGUCAUGAAGACGUUUGAUUCUUCAUCCCUGCAGAAGGAUGGCAACACAUCCUGUCCGUCUUAUUUCUAAUCAUAUUUUGAUAGUUACAAGAUCACUUAAAACUGUAAAGACAAAAUUAGUUUUCUAUUUUGGUACAUUUCUUAUCUGUUUUCUGUUUACCCACCGAGUGUGGCGUCCUAUGCUGUAUAUUGUUUAGUUGAAUCUGAUAUUGCCAUUUUAAUGGCAUGAAUAUGUAAAAGGGAUUUAUAACUGAUUGUUUCAUGGAAUGGAUGCUCCCUCAUUGAUUGAACAGAAACAUGUCUCUUAAGCACAUUUCCAUUCAGUCUCAGGUCAUUUUACACACACAUAUUAAUUUGUUCUAAAUAUAUACCGACUAGCUCAAUACUUGGGGAGAGAAAAAAAAAAUGCAUCACAACAUUUUUUUUUUAUUAAAAAAUAAUACAUGGGAAACUGUUUUAACAGCCUAUUUUGGUAUUGUGUUAAAUACCUAUGUUUGUGAAAAUCAUAUUUGUUUUUUAACAACAAUUUUAUAUAUUUGGUAAAGCUUUUAUAUAUGCAUUGUACAUUAUGCCUUUAAUACAAAUUAAACUCCAGGUUUCUUUUUAAA